AGCACUGACCUAGAAUGGCUCAGAACGGAAUAACAGAGAACGGAGUGAGUGAAGGAAUCCCAGCUCUGCCUCAGCCCGCCAAGGUCCAGGACAUCAGACACUCCAAGAUUUUCAUCGACAAUGAGUGGCACACAUCCCGCACAGGGAGGACGUUCCCCACCUUCAACCCAGCGACAGGUGUCAAGAUCUGUGAUGUGGAGGAAGCAGACAAAGAAGAUGUGGAUAAGGCGGUGGAGGCAGCCAAGACGGCCGUGCAGAGGGGCUCUGUGUGGCGGAGAAUGGACGCGUCCAGCCGGGGGAUGUUGCUGCACAAACUGGCCGACCUGAUGGAGAGGGACCGGCUCCUGCUGGCGACCCUGGAGACUCUGGACACAGGGAAGCCCUUCCUCCAGUCCUUCUUCAUUGACCUGGACGGCAGCAUCAAAACCCUUCGUUACUACGCAGGCUGGGCCGACAAGAUCCACGGCAAGAGUCUGCCUGUAGAUGAAAGCUUCAUGUGUUUAACUAAACAUGAGCCUGUUGGUGUAUGUGGAGCCAUCAUCCCUUGGAAUUUUCCUCUGCUGAUGUUCACAUGGAAGAUAGCUCCGGCCCUGAGCUGUGGAAACACAGUGGUCAUCAAGCCAGCAGAGCAGACCCCCCUCACAGCCCUCCAUGUUGGAUCGCUCAUCAAAGAGGCGGGUUUCCCUCCUGGAGUUGUGAACAUCGUUCCAGGGUUUGGUCCCACAGCAGGAGCAGCCAUCGCCAGCCACAUGGACGUUGACAAAGUGGCGUUCACUGGCUCUACAGAGGUAGGCCAGCUGAUCAAAGAAGCGGCAGCCAAGAGUAAUCUGAAGAGAGUGACUCUGGAGCUGGGAGGGAAGAACCCCUGCAUUGUGUUUGCUGACUGUGACUUGCAGCUGGCUGUGGAGGAAACCCAGAAAGGAGCUUUUUAUAACCAGGGUCAGUGCUGCACGGCUGCAUCACGUGUCUUUGUGGAGGAAAGUAUUCAUGACGAGUUUGUGCGCUGCAGCAUCGAAAAGGCAAAGAAGAUUGUCGUAGGAGACCCGCUGGACCCCCAGACAUCACAAGGGCCACAGAUCGACCGACAGCAGUUUGACAAGAUUAUGGAUCUGAUUGAGAGUGGGAAGAAGGAGGGAGCCAAGCUGGAGUGUGGAGGAGCAGCUGUGGGCGAGAAGAGCCUCUUCAUUCAACCCACCAUCUUCUCCGGGGUCAAAGACCAUAUGCGCAUCGCCAAAGAAGAGAUCUUUGGUCCAGUGCAGUGUAUAUUCAGCUUUAAGAGCCAACAGGAGGCCAUAGAGAGAGCAAACAGCUCACAGUAUGGCCUGGUGUCAGCAGUCUUCACAACAAGUAUGGACAGAGCUCUGUCUGUGUCUGCAGCCCUGGAGACUGGCACUGUCUGGAUAAACUGCUAUAACGCCCUUCAUGCCCAGAUGCCCUUUGGAGGUUAUAAGAUGUCAGGAAAUGGACGAGAGCUUGGAGAGUACGCCCUGGCUGAGUACUCAGAGGUGAAAGCAGUGACCAUCAAGCUGAGUGAAACCAUGUGAGAAGAACCAGGGAAAAUCCAGUGCUCUUCACUUCCCCUCCCAUCAGGCCACAGCACAGUUCUCUACAACACCCACACUCCCGUCUUUGUCUCAGUCAUGCUCAUGGUAUUGACAUUAGUUAUUUCAGUUUAUCACUUGGUCGAUACAUUAAAUCAGAGCCCUGAAAGAGUUAUUGUUUUUUCACCAGAUACUGUAGGUGAGGAUAAGGUUUUACUGACUGCUUCAGUAAUGUCUGUAUAUUAAACAGUUUCCCAGAAAUAAGUAGUGGUGGACAAAGUACACAACUUCAUUACUUAAGUCACAGUGUAUAUACUCCUGGACAAAUAUGACUCCAAUACAAGUGAAAGUUGUUCAGUCAAAUUUUUACUUGAA